AUGGCGUCCACUCCGCAGCGCGCGCCGUUUGUGGUGCGUCUUGUGCACCAAUUUGCGCUGCACAAAUACCACUUCUACAUCAUUGCCGGCAUGGGCACUGUGCUCAUGCUUGGUACGCUAUUUGCAGGGCUUACCGGUGCCAACAGGUUCAAUAUGGAGCUCACGGAAACGCGUGGCAUCGACAUCGUCGCUGCGCGUGCCAUGGAAGCAAACGUGCCAUCUAUAUUUGCAGAUAGGCGCCACAUUGUCAAUGCCUUGUUCGUGAAACGCGCUUGGUUCUGGAAUACAAUGGCAAUCCUCCUUCUUGCAUGCACUGUCGAACGCGCCAGCGACGGCUUGCGCGGCGAGAAAGCGCUCGGCAUCGUGCCGCGCCGCGUAACUUCUUGGCAGACCAUUUUUCGCAUGAAAUCAUACUGGCGAUGGGCCAUUGCGACACUCGGCUGGAUCUUCUUCACGCAAUGGUGCUUUGGCCCGAGUAUUUCGGAGCGUGUGCUUGUGGCCACAGGCGCAGCCUGUAUCGUGAAUGCCGUCCCUGUCGACAGUGCACUGUGCUACAAACGCAUGCGUGUGAGCCAUGCGACGCACACCGACAUUUUUUUGCGCAUCCCUCCUCCAAUGCAGGAGAAACUAGGCAGCCAGACGAUUUUGGCACGCUGGCACGGCGGCCACGACGUGUCUGGGCACACCUUUAUUUUGGUGCUUGGCACGGUGCUGCUCCUGGAGCAACUCAUUCCCUACCUCCCCUACCUGCUGCCGAGCGCCUCACGUUUCCGCAGAAGUAUUCCCCGCGCAUUGUACGCCAACAAGGAUAUUGCGCGGCCGACGCUCUCGCCGUCCUAA